GAGGGUCUUUCCUACAAUCUAUAUCAAGGCCCUCCUUUCCCCGGCCUUGGGGAAGCGUUGUUGUUUGCUGUUCCAUACCCUUGGAUGACUAAUCCAUCUCAGAUCCUCGCCCUCUUCUUCCUCUUCUGGCUUGUUCGUCCCUCGUUUUAGAUCCCAUCCCCACUCUUCCUUCAUCUUUCAGUCCCCCACCCCCCACACGAUCUGGACGAAGGAAGAAAAAAAAAAGAAAAAGAAAAAGCCAGCGACAUGUUGUCCGGCGGAGCUCUUCCUCAAACCCUUGGUUCAAUCACCGCAACCAAGAUCAAGGAAUUCGCGAAACAACGAGCCCUGUUCGAGGAGCAGAGAGUGGAAAUCGUCAAAGCGGCCGAGGAUGCCCCCAGUCUCCGCUCCAAGGCCCAGAUCCUCCUGGAAGGUGUGACCAAACUCAAAGGUUUCCCCAACGAUGCACUGGAUCAGGACGAUCUAAGCAUCGACAAUUCGGCCGAUGAGGACUCCACGAUUAUGGAUUGUACCGACCGCGCUACUCACGCCAAUAUUCGCCGCUUUCUUCUGCAGAGCAAGUAUGAUCCGUCGGUCUCGGAUCGCAGUUUGAAAGGUUGGAUUGCCCAGCUCGAGGAGGAGCUCCGGUACCUCGAGCUAAGGCACAAACAUGCCGACUUCUAUAGCAAUCUAGUCACGGAAUGGCUGGCUGAUUUCGAAGGAGGGGCUGCUUCCUCCGCUACAUUGGACGAGGAUGGGCCCCAAGAUAUGGAGUUCGAGAAGGGUGGAAGCGCAGAAAUGCAGGAGCAGCGAGCCACCUGGGAAUCCUUGGUUUUCAAGGAGGAAGAUGUAGAUGCUGAUGCCAUUCGAGCCUACCUUGACGGUCUUUUCAAAGCGACAACCCCCUCAGAAGAAGCACUGAAGGAACUGCGAGAGAAAACCCGGACGUUCGGGAAUGACCUUGCAUCGAAGAAAACUUGGUUCAAAGUGAGCGACCUCGAGUGGGUGUCGGACUCAUUGCUGAAGUCGGACCUGCUCACAAAAGAGAAGACGGCCGUCUUGAAGGAGUUCAUGCGCAACCCCGCCGUCGCCCAGGAGGUGGCGGAUGUUCUCAAUAUGCGUCUUUCGUCUCUGGACAACUGGGACUGGCCCGCAGAAGGUAUCCCAGUGGAGAUGCGCCGUCAGCUGAAUGGCAAAUUCCGGGUAUAUAUGGACGAGGAUCUGCUGGAUAGUCUCAUGCUUGAGUACCUGGGGGUCAAAUGGUCCGUGACCCUUCAGUCUGCUUUCAGCUCGUUCCUUCAUACGCCGGCAUGGAAGUUCCUGCGCGAACGGAUCUCCAGACCCGAGAUGUCUCGUCGGUCUCGUUUUACUGCGGAGGAGAACCCCCGCGGUGGGAUAAAGUGCGUCAACGAUCAUCGAAAGGAUACGUACAUCCGAGACUACUUCAUGACCCUCCUCCCUUGCUCCGUGAACGAGGGCAUGCGCUCUUAUGAUGAUGACGAUGAGACGCCUGAUACCACGAAGAAAAACCCGUUAGCCACGAAGCACUCGCUCCUACAUCUCUUGAUCACCGAGUCUUUGGUUUACACCUCGUUGCAUGGCCAAUUCACCGCUCUCCGGUCGGACUUCGAGUGGUUUGGGCCGUCUCUCGCGCACACCACGAUCCUCACCGUGUUGGACUACUUUGGGGUCCCGCAAACCUGGCUAGACUUUUUCGACACGUUCCUGAAAACCCCCAUAACAUUCAGACAAGACGGAUCGGCAGCCCCCCAGCAGGUUCGGAAACGAGGCGUUCCCAUGAGCCAUGCCCUCUCAAGUUGUUUUGGAGAGGCCGUCCUGUUCUGCAUGGAUUUUGCAGUCAACCAAGGCACAGAUGGCGCGUAUCUCUAUCGGCUGCACGACGACUUUUGGUUCUGGGGUCACGAAGAGACCUGUGUCAAAGCCUGGACUACAACGACGGAGUUUACAAAGGUUAUGGGCCUCAGGCUAAACGGGCAAAAGACGGGAACAGUGCGGCUGGGCAAAGGUGCGAAAACCCAUGAGGGUCAACCCGACCCCCUGCCGAAAGGCGAUAUCCGUUGGGGAUUCCUGAAGCUGGAUCCUGUGGUAGGUCAAUUCAUCAUUGACCAAGACUAUGUCGAUAGCCACAUUUCGGAGUUGCAGCGUCAGCUCGCAUCCUGCAAGAGCGUCUUCUCGUGGGUGCAGGCCUGGAACGGUUAUUUUGGGCGGUUCUUUGCCAACUACUUCGCCAAGCCAGCCAUGUGUUUUGGGCGAGACCAUAUCGAUAUGGCUGUCUCUACGUUGACUCGCAUUGAACGCACUUUGUUUCCUAACAGCUCCAGUGGGGUGACCGAUCACCUGCGCAAGGUCAUCGCGGAUCGAUUUGGGGUCGACGACCUGCCGGAAGGGUUCUUCUACUUUCCGGUGGAGUUUGGCGGGCUGGAGCUCCUCAACCCGUAUAUCCCUUUCCUCGCCAUGCGAGAGAAUAUCCGAUCAACCCCACGGAGUCGACUACAGAAGGCCUUUUCACAACAUGAAGUAGAAUACCACGCUGCCAUGCAACGAUUCGAGGAAGGCGGUCUCUCUGAGCCCGCUGGUACAGACGACGACAUGGCCCAUCUUUCUUUGGAGGAAUACACCCGGUACUCAGAGACCUACAGCCGUCCACUUUUAGCUGCGUACCAGGAUCUGACCCGUGUCCCGGAGGAGAUCCAUGUCAACCAGACCGUGGAGCUGCGCCGCCACCAGAUGUCCCUGGAUGAGACUGUCGCCAACGAGACAGCAGCGCGCAAAGCGAUCUCGAACGAGUGGUACAGCAUGACGGCGUAUUGGCAGUGGACAGCAGAGUUGUACCAGGGAGAAAUGGUGAAGACCUACGGAAAUUUGGCAGCGGUGAAUAGGGAAUCUAUGCCUCUGGGAGUAAUUAAGACACUGAAGGAAGGCAAGUUUAGAUGGCAGGGCUGAUCAGAAGGCGAUAACUCGCUUGUAUAUUUUCUUGUGUUCUUUAUUAGAAAGGUUUCUGUCCCGAAAAGCAAUGAUCAUGAUUUAUCUCCAGCGAUCA